GGUGUUGGUUCCAAGUAUUACGAAGGCGGCUUUGAAGAUACCAUGACACGAAGCGAGGCAGCCCUGAUUCUUGGCGUUCGCGAAUCUAGUGAUCCGAAGCGUAUCAAGGAUGCGCAUCGCAAACUGCUCAUCCUGAACCACCCAGAUACCGGUGGUUCAACAUACAUGGCCGGAAAGAUCAACGAAGCUAAGGAACUUUUG